AUGGACAAACCAAUCACUACAACCAAGCAAGUCAGUGACACCUCAACCUCCCUACACAACCCUCCAACUGACCGAUAUUCAAAGCCCACCAGCAUCCUCGCACUUCCCGCAGAACUCUGGUCCAAAAUCGGUAGACUCGUCAUCGACAAUUCCAAGCACCUCUCCACCCGUGACUUCAAACAUCGCAACAGCGAAUACCACCAGCCGCCCAUAACACGCACAUGCCGAAUCCUCCGCGAAGAACUGCUGCCGUACUUCUACGCCACGAAGAUCCACAUAGCUAUGGGAGCUGAUUACGACCUCGGAUCAUGGCUACGUGCCCUGGACCGGGAGACGCGGUGCUUCAUCGAUGGUAUCACCACGACGUAUCACGCCUCGAAAAAGGGGAAGCAAAGGGCACUCCUCGCGGAUUGGUGGAGAGUGGAUCUGAUGUUGAAGGAAGUCAGGAGGGUGGGCGAUGACAGUGCUUUGUACGCGAUUCGGUUCGUCUAA